CUUCCAGAUGUCGAGCCAUCACUCCACCUCAGCAUACAAAUUGCAUAUAACCACCCAACACCCAUCAUCCCAUCUCUCUACAAAACCGCCAAAAUGCUUCGCACAUCCAUCAUCAAGAGCGCGCGCUCAAUUGCCGCUCCUCGCUACUUCUCCGCCUCCGCCCUCCGCAUGGCUGAGGGUGCCACCGGCUCUGGAGCUUCAAGGGCUACCGGUGCCGCUGGCGGCGACGCCUUCACCAAGCGCGAGGCUGCUAGCGAGGAGCUCUACAUUCGCCAAGAAGAGAAGGCCAAGCUCCUAGCAAUCAAGGAUAAGCUCAAGCAGCAAAGGCAGCACAUGGAGGAUCUUGACAAGCACAUGUCAGUAAUCUAACUUGGCAACGCGCAAAUAGACAAGACUAACACCAACACAGCGACGACGUCAUUGCUGAGUCUG